AUGGAGCGCACAUGUCGAGAAAGGCGGUCGCAUCCCGUUGGAAGGGGGAACGAGAAGAAAGGAAAGCAUCAGAAUUGGGCCAUGAAAAUAUCGCCCGGGAGAGACAGCCGGAGUUUGAAAACUGAAAAUAGGCAACCGCCAACACAGAAACGGCAGCGACCAACGGGGGAUGAGGAGGAAAUUGAACAACAACCAGUGAAGAAGCGAGCUAGAUCAAGCCUUCCACAGGGAAACAAGCGCGGUUCAGGUUGA